ACAUCAUUGACUAGGUAACUUCUCGGCCUAUUUCCCCUUUUUCAAUUUAGAGGAAGGAGGUUACAUAAAUCGGAAGCCGUAUUUCCGAUUUAUGUCGUACAACAUCUCGCCUAUCCACCUUAAGAUUAUGUCGUCACCUACAAGGUACCCAAGUAUCGCAUCUUGAUUUUCUUUUUAUUUUUGCUUAUUCCUCUCUAUUUCCCCUCUUUCGAAAUUCUGCGAGGCGCCCUAAUAAACCUCUAGAAUUUCUAGCUAGAAGGUACUUAUUAGUACCGUAGAAUACUCAUGUUCAUAGGUAUUUGUGGUCCUCUUUUUUUUCAGCUGCAACCAAAAUGCCGGGUUCCGAGAGACUGGGCCCUCGGCCAGAUCCGCGCCUAGGAGGAUCGACAUCAACCUAUAAUCGCCAGGAUGUCAUCUCCCAACUGGAGUCCUUCUACACAUUUCUUCCCCAUAUACCCGCUGCUGCUGUUCAUAAGCCUCCCGCUGACGGCUGGCCAUCCAUCACAGCUGAGACGCUCGGUUUUCAGAAUAAAUCUCCUGAAGUUAUCGAGUUGCUACGUCGGCUGCCGUAUAUCGAUAUUAAUAGCGACCCUGAUACUCACCCCUGGAUUGCACCUGAAGCUUUCCCAUGCGACUAUCGCGUCGUGGCACGCAAGGAUCUGAGUUCACGUGAUACUCCAGGCUGGGUCCUAAAUGUGCGACAUGAUGCGGGAUUCCUUGCUCAUAAUGCUUCGGACGAUGAUCGUGGCAUCGGUUCGCGGUUCGAGAUAAGGGAAGAGACGUGGCCGCCAUGGGUAGUACAAUUGACGACGGGUACCGACCGCGAGGGUGCGUGUUAUAUGCUCGACACUACAGAUGGCACUGUGACGAUGUACUGCGUAAGUAAGUAUUUGUAUGACCCCACCUACGCAAAGGACGACCCGCGGGCGUGGCGCGACCGGAUGUGUGAUUUUGAGACACGGACACUAGCAAAUCAGCUCAACGAAUGGCGUCGUCAAUAUUGCGACAUGAUCUUACUAGGAUUACCGAAUGUGGAUAGAGGUGAUUACCCGAGUUUAUUCGUUCGGAGGGAAGGGGAUGGUUCGGAAAGUUUUGAAUGGCAAGAAACCGAGGAGUUACGGAGUAUCUAUCGUGAGCAUGGCUGGCCGGAUAAUUACGACAAGGAGCGCUGUCAUAGGGCACUCGAAAAAUGGUGGCGUAAGUGAAAUUAUUGUGUCAUCUUAACGCAUGUCAAAGCGUCACGGACAUCAUGAUCCCAGUUCUUCUCAUUUCUUUACGAGACGAUUAUCGAAAUAACCUUCAACUCGUCCCCCAUCGCUAUAUUAAUCCUAUGGGUGAUUGUGGCUGUAUGGACAUCCCACUCUACAUAUUAGAUAUAAGGCUUAGUUACCUCUAUCCGCACGACCAGUUCUAGCAGGAAAUGCAGGUCCCACAAAAUCGGACCCAGGUCGACUCGGCGAUUCAACACCAUCCGCGUCUGCCGCAGCUGUGGUCGCAG